AUGAUGAUGAUGAUCCCUGUGGCAAGUGUACGUGGGCGAGCGUUCAGUUGAGUUCACACGUUCUGAAAUGGAGUUGUCGUGGGUUUCUUGUUAAUAAUGUCAUGCUACCGAGAGACAGACAUUAUUAUUUGGCCUUCUAGCCAAAUAGUGAAUGGCCGCUUGCGAGGAGCGGACGGGGACAGUCGUCAGGCGGCGGCGACGGUGGCGACGGGCAUCGUGUGAGGAGCAAGAAAAAGACGAGCACCGGCGGCGCCAGACAAGCGAAACAACGCCGGCGGAGGAACGGAGCACUGGACUCCACCGGCGGCGGAGCUCCACAGACAACUCGAUCUGGGUCAUUUUCAAGCCUUACAACAGCAGUGAAAACAUACUACAGGCGGUCUUUUCUUUUUUUUUUUUUUUUUUUUUAAUCUAUACAUAUAAUAGCGUGUUUUCUUUUUAAAGGUUUUUAGUGUAAAUACCGAGCUGCAACGUUUGUACAAAGAAAUACAUCACGUUUAUUUUUUUGCUUAAUUGCUACGGUUUUUUUUUUUUUUUAAUAAAUGCAUCGCGGGACCUGACGAGACAUGAUGUGGCAUUCGGGCUUCAGUUGAAGACAAUUGCUCGAAGACUGCAUCUCUCCCCGUAAGCAUGUGAAAAUACGCUCCUUGAGUGUGUUAAUAAGGCCUUCAAGUCGUGCUGUUUGCUUGGCUUAGUUGUGUCCUCAAGUGGAUUCUGAAGAAAAUGUGGAGGAUGCUACAAAGGAAAGUGAGCACGUAAAAUAUUCUCCUCUGAUCUCACUGUGGAAGAAAUGAUAAAUAUGAGAGGGAGGAAAGUGGCUGAGGGUCACUAGUUUGAGGACAGCUGACACCUUUUAGGACAAGGAGAAAAAAAGUCUGGAGAACUGAGAGAGAGCAAGAGAGAGUUAGGCAGACAGGGACUGACAGAGAAGAAAAGCUGCAAGAGGGGUCUCGGCAAAUUUCCAUGGCUACCGACCCAGGAGAGCCGACGGGCACAGAGGACUCCUCGGAGAAAUCCGAUGGACAGAGGAAGGAGGACCUGAACCAGGAGGGUUGUGUGAACACGCAGAGCAACAGGACAUACAGCAACCCUUCAGAUGUCCUUCCAUCUCAGGCUGAUGGAAGGGGAAGGACUGGAGAAGAGCAUCGAGAAACUGGAAUUGCACAUCAGGAAGCUGUGGUAGCCUCAGUCACACCUCAGAUUUUCUUCUCAACGCCCACAUUACCAGUUGAUACAGGACAGAAAUGUCAGAGGCGGGAGAAGCGCUUCUUCAGGAAGAGCGUAGAGAUUUGUGAGGACGAAGAUGACGUAGUUCUCCCAGAAGCUCCUCACAGUGCGCCCCACUUAGAGCUGCGCUCCUUUGACCCAGUCUUCACCAGCAAUGUGCAAGGAGCUGUGUCCUGCGCUGCCUUGCGCCAAGACCCAUCUUGCCCUAGUGACCAGGAGCCUGGCAAGGGUGGCCCUCCUUCCUCACCCUCCCAAAAGGGGAAAGAGAGGGAGCGCGAGCAGGAAGAGGAGGCAGAAAUGAAAGCUGUGGCCACCUCUCCUGGAGGCAGGUUCCUUAAAUUUGAUAUUGAACUGGGCAGAGGAGCUUUCAAGACAGUUUUCAAAGGCCUGGACACUGAGACCUGGGUGGAGGUGGCUUGGUGUGAACUUCAGGACCGCAAGCUGACUAAGGCGGAGCAGCAGCGCUUCAAAGAAGAGGCUGAAAUGUUGAAAGGGCUCCAGCAUCCUAACAUUGUGCGCUUCUACGACUCAUGGGAAUCUGUACUUCGUGGCAAGAAGUGCAUCGUCCUCGUCACUGAACUCAUGACCUCAGGAACACUCAAAACGUACCUGAAACGUUUUAAGGUAAUGAAGCCCAAGGUGCUGAGGAGCUGGUGUCGUCAAAUCCUGAAGGGCCUUCAUUUCCUGCAUACCAGGACCCCUCCCAUCGUACACAGAGAUCUCAAAUGCGACAACAUCUUCAUUACGGGCCCCACUGGUUCUGUAAAAAUAGGGGAUCUGGGACUCGCCACCCUCAUGAGGACCUCUUUUGCCAAAAGCGUCAUAGGAACUCCAGAGUUCAUGGCUCCAGAGAUGUAUGAGGAGCAUUAUGAUGAGUCUGUGGACGUCUACGCAUUUGGAAUGUGCAUGUUGGAAAUGGCAACUUCCGAAUACCCCUACUCAGAGUGCCAAAAUGCCGCUCAAAUUUAUCGCAAAGUCACAAGCGGUAUAAAACCAGCCAGUUUUGAUAAAGUGAAUGAUCCAGAGAUUAAAGAGAUCAUUGAAGGUUGUAUCCGUCAGAACAAGAGCCAGAGGCUCUCCAUCCGAGACCUCCUGAACCAUGCGUUCUUUGGGGAAGACACAGGGGUUCGUGUGGAGUUGGCAGAGGAAGACACAGGCACACAGGACUGUUUGGCUCUCCGGAUUUGGGUUGAGGAACCCAAAAAGCUCAAGGGGAAACACAAAGACAACGAGGCCAUCGAGUUUAGCUAUGACCUGGAGAAUGACAGUGCUGAGGAAGUGGCUCUAGAGAUGGUCAAGUCUGGCUUCUUCCACGAGAGUGAUGCCAAGGUGGUGGGGAAAUCCAUUCGGGACAGAGUCAGUCUGAUCAAGAAGUCGCGAGAGCGACGGCAGCAACAGCUGCUCCAUCAACAGCAGCAGAGAUUUGAAGAAAGACGCGACUCUACUCUAACUUCCUUGUCCCAUCCAUCCCCAUCGUCACUUUGUGGGGGAGCAACAGGAGGAGGGAAGGAAUCUGAAAAUCUGCCUGAAGUGGACCAACAUGUUGUCAGAGGGGGAACACUUUGCUUGCCAGGGGAAAGUCUUGGGUCUGCCAACUGUGGAUCAUACGCUAGCGGCCAAAGCCAGUCACACUCUCAACUGGGCGAAUUGUUCACUUGCGCUCAGACUUCCCAGCCUGUUACUACAUCUUGCACCGCUGUACUGACUAAUCCUCCGAGGCUCCCAGCUGCUGAAGGUGGAGGUGUUCCGAGUUUGCCGCUUGACCAGAGUGUCAGUUUGUCCAGCGUCGGCCACAGCAGAGGCCCAUCUGUUGGUCAGGGCUUUCCUCAGCCCACCGCCAUGGUUCAACAGGUAUUGCCAAGUAUACCUCAGCAAAAUUUUCAGUCACAAACAUUCCCAUCAGAUACAUUUCAAACCACUGCCCCCCAAAUGUCACUGGCCCCCUCACAGUCAUACAUCACUGCUGUUUCCCCACAAGUUCUCACUUCAUCCAUGUCCCUCAGUGAUCCUGCCGGGCUCAUAGUGACUAUUGUUCCCCUCGCUCACCACCCCGAGCCCCAGGCCCCACCCGUGCAGCUCACUGACAUCAUUCAGCAGCCAACACCCCAACAAACGCAACCUCUCCAAGCGAUUGAAUCACAGAUAGGGCCAGGUGGCAAGAGCGCUGGCCUUCAACAGAACCUAAUGGAGUGCCAGGUUGCCCUGCCAGAGCAACACUUGAGCACCACUCAGUCUCCAGUAGGACAGCUACAAAAGAGCCUUCCAGCUAUAGCGGUCCUGAAACAUCAACAUGAGCCUCAACAGCAUCAGACCCUUCCCCCAACUCCACUGGACCAAGCGGCAAGAGCAGGUACGGCUCAACAAGCUUUGUUAUUGCCACCACCGGGAGAAUAUUCGCAACAAGUGAAGGAUCCUUGUGAGCAGAUCACCAUACAACCCCAGCAGCAACAGCAAACCUUGCUACAAGUUUCAGGACUUGACCAACAUCAAACCUAUAUCCCACUUGAUCAACAACAAGCGCAAGUACAGCAACAGCAACUGGAACAGCAGCACGCCAUUGUACACAAGCACGUAAUGGAUCAGCAACAAGCUCUUAUUCAACAGCAGCAUCAAGCCAUUCCACAGCAAGCACUUUCUCAACAUCUUCUAGGGCAAGAGCAGCAGAAACAAUUGUGUCAACAAUUGGAAAAUGCCCAGGCAAGAAUACACGAAGAUCCACUGAAACCACAGCAAGCACUGCAUGAGCAGCCCAAGCUGACUCAACAGGAACAACAACAAGAAGAUCUCUUACAACAGCAUUUCCAGCAACAGCUUGUCUUACAGCAGCAACUAAAGCAGAAGGCUCAGCUGGUGCCCCAACAAAUCCAGCAGCAAGCUCUUCUGCAACAACAGCAGCGACAAGAGGUUCUGCCUCGAGAUCAAACUGAAAGGUUACAAAAAGAGGCUCUAUUACAACAACAAUUUCAAGAGCAGCAACAGUGGCAAGCUGCCAUUGUUCAACUUCAGCAAACAGAAAUACAAGAUACCGUCUCUUCUCUUCAAAGCAGUCGUGAGCAGCAAAUACAACAGAAACAAUCUGAAAUGCAUCAGGCUUGCACUCCUCAACUAAACGGCGCUCAGUUCAUAGCGCAGAAUCCCCUUGUGGGACAACAAGCUGCACUAAUCAUGCAGCAGCAAGUGUAUUGUACGCCGCCUAAGCACGGUACACUUACAGGGGAACCUCACAACCCAGUUAGAGUUCCACUUAGCGGUGAUGUGAGUCAAUACUACGUUCAUACUGAUUGCCCAGCCCCGGGUCCCAUGGUCAUGCAGCCUGUCAAGUCAUCUGGUGUCCUCCCAGCUCAAGUGUUCUCCCAGUCUGGACAAGGUGAAGUUCAUACUCAGAACCAAAGUCAUAUUCCGGUCCAAUACAUAAGCCAAUCUACCACCGAAGCAGCUCAAAUGAUGAUUGAGCCUCUUGUUCCUGUGGUUGGAAUUACCCAAGGACAAGUACAAAAUAUAAUCCAAGCCCAGAAGGUUCCAAGUCCUUAUCCUGAACCAACAACUUCUACCCUGAAACCAGUGUCUUCUCAGGCAAUAAUUCUGGCUCAGCCUCUGCAGCCACCAGAAUGUCAGUCGAAACCAUCGUACAGCCAGAACUCCUCUGCUGAUGUUAAGCUCAUUGGCCAGCAAAGCCAAUAUUCUGUCCCAUGUUCAGGUACAAUUCCUGGUCAGAUACAGCAUGAGACUCAUGUUCUACAUAAUGUUCAAAUGCCAGGCGCGCUGCAGUCUCAGCUUCAACAACAAACUCCAAGCCAUAUGAUUUUCCAGGCACAAAGUCACCCUGCAGUAAGCCAGCCAGUGCUGCAGUAUCAGCAGGUGGCUAUGUCUGCUGUAACCAACACAACCAGUUUGAAUACUCUGGAUCCUGCAUGCAUUGUUACCACUGCAGGUAAUAUUCCAGAUGUCCUGGUUCAACCGCAGCCAUUAGGAAACAACACAAACUCCUCAGUUAUUCAACCCAUCUCCCAACCACAGCCAUGGAUACUUUCUCAAGAUCAGCAACUGCCACCUUCUUCCCUAAUCCAGUUGCCAGUUGAGCUCAUCCUGGCUCCAGGCCAGCCAAAAUCUACUCUAAAUGAAGUCAUGAUUGGCAGGGAUGAGACUGAGCUGCCAGUGCAACAAUGUCAGCCUGCUGCACAUCCUGACACGCAACCAUCCGCCAGGAAUGUGGGCGAUAAUCUUUCCUGGAGUAUGAACCUCCCGUCCUUGUGCAAGACCUCAACGACAGCCAUAGCACCUUCUAGUCAGCACCAGGCCAAGUACAUGCUGCCAGCACACACUCAUGCACAAACCAGUAAUCAGGUCCAGACAAACAUUAAAGAAAAGGCCUAUUCUCACACACAGACACCACCUGCCGAAGCACCCAUUCUUCUUAAUGCAACCUUCCCUGUACAUCAAAUAGUCCCUAGCCCCUCUCACACCUUGUCAUCCCUGUCAUCACUACCAUCUUGCCAUCCUGCGCCUGCUACCCCUAUGCCAGAGAUGCCAUCUCCACCAGCAGCCCAGGUCACCUUACCAGGGCAAAGCAACUUUGUACCUACCUCCCCUCCACCUGCUGCCACUACAGACAUGCUUAAUUGUCAGGCCCCCAACCUACCCCAAGCCUCUCUGCAAGACUGUGACAUUUCCCUGCUGGGCAUUUCUCAGGAUUGUCUACCUCUGUCAAAUACAGAACGCCCUUCCUCAACUGGUUCUGGGCCAACAAAUGGAGAAACUGUUCUGCUCUUGGAAAAUGGCAAAUUUGAAAAAGUAAAGGGCCAGAGGAGAACAUCUUCUCUGAGACCCGAUAAAGUUGCACAUCAGUUUCAACUGAGUAUGCUCCAGGUGUCAGGCAGUGGAGACAACAUGGUGGAAUGCCAGUUGGAGACCCAUAGCAACAAAAUGGUGACAUUUAAAUUUGAUAUGGAGGGAGAUGCACCAGAGGAUAUAGCAGAUUACAUGGUGGAAGAAGUCUUUGUCCUUGAUGUGGAAAAAGACAAGUUUAUUGAAGACCUCAAAGCAAUAGUUGAGAAAGCACAGGAAAUACUACAAACACAUUCACUUACUGGCUCUACUGAUCAAUUACAAGUCAGCACUCCCACAAGCUCUACGUCCGAUUCUGUACCGCAUUCCUCUCCGGUGGGUCGGUGGCGUUUCUUUAUCAACCAGACCAUUCGCCAUAGAGACUCUCUCUCUAGUCAGGGAGCAGCCACGACACCUCCCACUGGAGAAACAAGGACACUCUCACCCCCCAAAACGGACAAAGAAAAUGAAAGUUCCCAGAGUCAAAGCUCCGUCAGUGGAGUGUCCUCUUCACCUUGCACCACAUCAUAUGCACUGUCAACUGUCUCACCCCCCUCUGCUACAACUGCACCCACUUCACACGCCACUUCACCUGAAAGCAUUCUUAAAGCCUCUGGCCCUCAAAAUAUUUCAGCUUGUCUCGAUCUGCCAGACCUCAACUCAACCUCUGUUGACCAAAGGCUCAGUGUGCUGACAUCCACAGCAAUAUCUGGUGCCACCAACCUUACUGCUAUGUCCACUACUACCAUCGUUGUGCCUCCCAUGCUGAAUACCAUUCAGGCUGAUGUCACAGUAAGCCAUCCUGACUUGGAGCAACUCCGGCAGACUGUCUCCCAAGGACGGACAUCAGCUCCACAGCAGGAGAAUCUGGUGGCCCAGCAACAAUUGCAGCCAGAGCAACAAGCGCAAGACCAAAUACAGGCAACGCUGCACCAACAAAAACCACUGGAAGUUUACCAGGAGCAAAUUCACCUGCUGCAGGAACAGGAGUUUGUGCAGCAGCAGCAACACUUAAACACACAGCAGACUGUGUACGUGCCACAGCAGCAGCAACAUCAACAUUUCCUUAGUAGCCACGUGGCACAACCAACCCAAAUGCCUGCUGACUUGCCACCACAACAUUGCCAGAUACAAAACCUAGAGGAAGAAGAAGUGGCGAGAGCCGCAGACACACCUCUGAAACAACAUCCCCUUCCCAAACAGUCCUCUUUGCAACAGUCUGAGUCUGAGGUGUCCACCGGAGAAAUGAGCGUCACAGACGACGCAGUACUCUUUCAUCCUUCCUCUGACUCUUCUCUGCCACCUCCUCAUUUGGCAGCAAAUGAAACCUCCUUUCUCCCUCUCUCCCUGACACUUACCCCAUCCCCUGCCCAGCCCUCCUCGGUAGCCGAGUCAGACAGCGAAGGUCCCCCCAAAAUAGAAUUUGGAGACAAUCGUAUGAAGACGCUGGAUGAAAAGCUGAGGAACUUAUUGUAUCAAGAGCACAGCGGCGGCGGUGGGGCUCCGGCCGGAGGAGCUGGGUCCGCUCCGACGUUAACAUCAGCUGCCUCCAUAUCUGCAGUUGGAGAUGAGUCAUCGGAGCUGCAUCAAUUGUCAUUCCCACCACCUGCAUCUGUUUCAGAUGCUUCUCCACACUCCUCCUCCUCCACCACCACUUCCUCUUCCUCCACCACCACCAACCCUGGGCCUGAGAGCUGUGGAGGAGGAGACAAAAGCUCCUCAGAAGUUCUUCACUCAGAAGACCAAGCGCUGGGAGAGCAGCAUCCUUGCCUAUCUUACCCUUCCACCACCACAACAACCACAACGACCACACCACCUCUUGCAUCUCGCCUCCCUGCCAGUCAGGAUGUUCCUGCUGCACCUCAGCGGCCUCCUGUACCAGGAGAACCAACUAUUCUUGCUGUACACCGACACUCAGACAACACCACCACCGGAGAAGCAUUGCAGCCCCACUGCCAGCAGAUCCCCCUCCGCCACGGAGCGCAGCGGCAUAAUGCAGGAGGUGGAUAUUUUGGCCUAAACCUGACAUGUCCUAGUAUCAGAAAUCCUGUUUCUAGCAAGAAAUCCUGGACGCGCAAAUUCAAAAACUGGGCAUGCAAACUGCGCCAUUCCGCCAGCUUGUUCAAGAAGCCUAAAAUCCAGCAAGUUUCGUUAUCAGAUGAGCGAUCCCGCAGCCAGUCAUUCAAAGAGGUGAAAGAGAUGGCCCCGCAUCCAACUCAGUCGCGUCAAGGACGAUUCCACGUGACCCCAGUGCCUCAAUCCUCCCUACCCAAGGAUGCAUCAUCAGGCCACGGCAGCACUCUAAGAAAAGUGGGCCGCUUCUCCGUGACAAAGGCUGAGAUGCAGGAUGAGUUGGGGCAGAUGGGCAGCGCUCGGGUUUCUCCUGUUUUGCUCAGAGAGAGGAGGAGAUCACGGGUAAAGGAGGAGAAAGAUGAAAGCAGGAAGACCCCAGUAAUGGCCCAUCGAGCUCGAGCUCACGGGCACAGCCACUCCCCUGUAGACAGCAGCGACGAUGACGAUGAAGGGAGUGAGUUGGAAGAUGAAGACCUGAAAAGAGAACUGCACAAGCUGAGAGAGAAGCACAUCAAAGAAGUGGUGUCGCUUCAGGCCCAACAGAACCGAGAGCUGGAAGAACUGUACAGACAGCUGCGUUCCCAAAAAGACCAAAGGCAAAGUCUUCCUGUUUGCUUGUCUCGGAGCCCCGCUCUUCCCGGUGUGCCGCCGGUCCUCUCUCCUCGUAGGCCCAGGCCAGCCAAAAUCAAACUCCGGCCCCGACCUCACUCUCAUAUGGACAAUAAUGGAGUCACACAUGCCGGAUUUCAACAGUCGAGCAGUUUUUCGGGGGCUGAACAGUGUGGAGUGCCUCCUCAUUGCAUCUCGGAACAUCGCUCCUCACUCCCUACCAAAAGAGAUCAAAGCCCUGCCAGGAACAACACGUUCACAGAUGAACUGCACAAGUUGGUUGAUAACUGGACAAAGGAAGCUGUGGGCCAAACCAUACCCAAGCCUUCUCUCAAUCAGAUCAAACACAUUCAGCAGGUGCAGGAGUCUGGAGGCUGGUCCCAGCCAAUGGAGGCCGAUCCACCAGCUUGGUUUCCAUUGGUCCCACUGAACCCACAGGCACCCCCAGUUGCUACCAGCUUGUCUGUGGCAGCCCCUCCCCCGAAGAACAUAGAAGGAGGGGGCCUGUCCAUCUCCCACGGGCCUCUAGCCCAAGCGCACAUGGCCCAAGGGCCACAUAUGCAGCCCAGUUUACACCUCCAGCAGCAGAUGACCUUUCAGCAGGCCCCAGUGUGCAAGCAAGUACAACAACAGCCCCGAGUCCCGCAGUCUCUUGUGCACACGCCGGCCGUUGUCCGGCCCCCUGGCUCGUCGCCUCAAAGCCAACCGCCGCUGCCUUCCCUUGCAUCUCAGACAGCCACAGCUAUGUCUGUGCUCCCCAGCAGCGGUCCCUCCACACCCACGGAUAGCAGCACUGCCAGCGGGGCGGCCUUUUGCUCUUGUUCCUCCUCAUCUUCAACCUGCUGCUCCUCCUCCUCCUGUUUGAAAGCUGCUGUACCUUCCAGUGCCAAAAAUCACCCAACAGACGCCCCCGUCUCCACACUUCUUCUGGGACAGAAAUGAAAACAAGGUUGGUGUAGUUUUGGAAAAAAAAAGGUGCCAGAAAAGAAUGGAGUUGAAUGAAUGAGUUGGAGCAGGAAGUGGUGCAGAUCCAUUCAGAUUAUUAGGCUGGAUUUACACCACAGUAAUGAUAGGAACCAAGGUCUGUUGCAUAUAGCUUAAAAAAAAAAAAACAUAAGGAAUUCAUUCCCCCUCACCAUAUUUUUUUAAUUUGUAAUUUCCUAUGUCCAUAGUUAAAACUAACGAUUUUUUUUAAAUAUGCACAGGAAGUGUGCAUGGAUUUGUGGUGCAAACUUCAUAACUUGAAGAAACAACACGGGAAAAACUUCCUCGCCGACAUACAAAAUCUUAGUCACAGUCGAGAUGCAUCGCUUAAUCAUACUUCCUUGACACCAACUACCUUUAGCAAUGUCUUUGGCACCAUCUUGUGGUAUCCCAGCACAUUCAUAGAAAAAAAAGUAAGUCAGUAAGUUUCUUUCGGCUUGUCUCGUUAGGGGUCGCCACAGUGUGCCAUCUCAGAUGAACGCUCGUAAAAAGUAUUUAAAAAAUUUUUUUUCAUCGAUUAGCUAAGCAUCAGAUCCUGAGGAAAGAUUUCAUUUGGUAAAAAUGCACCCGAACUGUCCAUGUACAUGACUAAACUUCAUUUAGAAAGCCAGACUAAUAGCUCCACCUCGACAUUAAAAAAAAAAGCCUGCCUCUCAGUUGAGAUGUAUUACUAUUUCUUUUAGACCAAUUACUGUACUACUUUCCGAUUUAUAAAGGGCUUUGUCGGCAUUUCAGGAAGAACACACAACCCAUAAUUAGGUCUUCCAAAUUUGGAUAAAAAAACAGAUAUGAAAGGGACAUCUGCCAAUGUGAGUGCAGCAUAAAGAUACAGUAGAUCAAAUCUACCCCUACAUGAGCAUGAUGUCAUCAAAAUAUGAUUGCAACAAUAAUUUACAACAAAAACACAGCCCAUUAAAUAUGGUGUUAAUAUGCUAGAUUUGAGGUUACGCAAACUAAGGAAAAUCAUGAGUCAUGCGGUGGUUACCUGAAUUUAAACUUCUGGGAGGAGGAGUCAAUCCAAAGCAACCAAACAUGAUGUAAUUUUUAAUAUUUGUGCCACUUAUAUAUACACCCAAUGCCCUUGGUGGAAUUUAUGACAUUGCAUAUGGCCACUAAAUUGAAAAUAGCCAUUUAGAGCUGUAAUGUUAAUCCAGUCUUAGAUCAGCAUUCGCACGAGUGAACUGCAAUGGAUAUUGACGCAAUGUGGCAUGAAUGUGAGAGAUAAGCGGCUCUAUAGUAUGUACAAUUUGUCGGUGACAUUGAACGCAGCACCUGAGCUUUGUGAAUCUUUGUGGGUCUUGUUUUUUUCAUGUGUGUGUGUGUGUUUGUGUACAGAUUGUGGCAGAGAAUUUGCAACGCUGCUCUCACAAAACAUUUACUGAUCAAAAGGUCACCUCCAGAAACAGACAAAAUAUAUGUUGCUUGUAUGUUUCUUUUCCAUUUGUCAAUGCUUGCAGUGAAAGGACGAUCAAUUUUAAAAGUGCAAUUAGUAAUGAUCAUGGAAAUUGAUCAGCAUGUAUUGUAAGUAUUUGUCUGUAUGUUAUAAACUAUUUUUGUAUACGCAAAGUGAUGAAACUCAUUGGGGAUCUUUUCAAAGGGUUAGGCCUCAAGCACAGACUGCUUCAGUGGACCAUGUAAAAAGGAAGAAAUAUAUAUAUAGGGUUUCAGAAUAGGCUUUAUUUUAAGACGGACAACUCAGAUUUACCAAAAGCAACAAGGAAGGAUUUCUUUUGUGGGGCUCAUUAAUCCAAACGCCAAUCCAUUAGUGAAAUAAACCUUAAAAAUGUAUUGCACAUAAAUAAGACCACCCCAGUAAUUAAUAAUGUUCCUUUAAGUGCUAAUUACUGCUUUUGUAUGUUAUAUUGUUUGUGUUAAUGUGUGACAUAUUUGCUUUGUUUUAUCACAGUUUGGAAAAACGGACACGCUCACCCGUACAGCAUAUCAUCGCUGUCAGGCGGAAUACUUGCAUCUUCAAAAUCCCUUCUUUUCAAGGGAAAAAAUAUAACCGUACUUGAGUUACCAAACACGGUAUCAUUCAAAUUGGUUUUAUAUUUUAUAUUGCUACCAUCAGCGAUUGGUUGGGGACCAGAUCAGGGUGUACCCCGGCUCUCGCCCGAAGGUAGCGGUGUUUGGCCCCACCACGCGGAACGGAACAUGGAUAAAUGAUUAUUGCUAUCAUAUACCUGUGCGCACAAACAUCAACACAACACCAAAUUGAUGUUGUGUUGAUUUUAGUGUAGUGUUACCAAUUGUGUUCAAAUGUUAAUUUAAUAUGCAAAAAAAAGCCAAUUGAUGAUACUGUCACUGAUUAAAAUGGUAGGACAAUGUGUGGACCCCAUAAUAACAAAUGAUUUUGCAACAUUAUCUUCCCAAAUUUUUAAUUUAAAAAAAUAUUUUUCAAAAGUCAUAAAGCCAUUAGUAAUGCAAUAAAUAAAACUGUGAGCUGACUUGAGUGUAAUAGUAAGAAAUGAAUCUGCACACACUGACCAAUUCUCCUGCACUGAUGCAUUGCGCCUUGAUAUUUUUUAACAAAAGGCUUACUUAAAUUUAGUAGUAUCGAUUUGUGAGAAAAUGUGGUGCUGGGGUUUCCGCCCGACAGCGACGAUAUUGAGUUGGUGUAGGUUAGGUCAGUCUUCUCACACAGUUACUUGAGAUAUAACCGCAAUACGAAGAACAGCUUUUAGUAUGAUUCAUAAAACCAUAAUAAUACAGGAAAUAAUUAUUUAAGCCCUCUCUGAUUUUGUAAAUUGACCCACUGGCAAAGACAUGAGCAGUCUAAAAUGGUUUAUUUUCACAGCGAUAAGAUAGAAUAUCUAAAAGAAAUUGAGAAUUAUAUUUUUAAAAGACAAAAUUUGAAUUUUAUUGAGUCAAACGAGCAAUUGAUCCCCAGCCAGUAAUAAAGAAUUAUACUUAGAAAACAAGUGCUCUCACUAUAAGAAAGUACAUGACUCCAAAUCUAAGCUUGUGAGCUAUAUGAAAGACACCUUUCUCAGCCUGUUGCUUUUAUAAAGACACCUGUCCACAGAAUCAAUCAAUCAAUCAGACAUCAACCUCUCCAUCAUUGUCAAGACCAAACAACCUUUUAAGGACAACAGGGACAAGAUUGUAGACCUGCAAACGUCUGGAAUGGCCUACAAGACCAUUGGCAAGAGGCUAGGUAAGAAGGAGACAACUGUUUGUGUGAUCAUUGGAAAAUGGAAGAAAAUAAAUGCCUGUCAGUCUCCCUUGGUCUGGGGUUCCUCACAAGAUUUCACCUUGUGGGGUAUCAAUGAUUUUGAGAAUGUUUAAGCAUUAGCCCAGAACCACAUGAGUUGACCUUGUUGAUAAUCUCAAGACACCUGGGGCCACAGGCAUCAGGAAAAAUAUUGCUAACACUAUGUUAUAAUGGAAACUUCAAAUGGGUUGUGGAUCCAUCUUCCAGCAUGGCCACGACCCAAAGCACACAGCCAAGGCAAUGAAAAAGUGGCUAAAGAAGAAGCACAUGAAAGUCAUGGAGUGGCCUCUCCAGUCUCUAGGCUCAAAUACCAUCUCUUGAUAGAGCUGAAGCUUCAAGUUGCCAAGGGACGAAACCUUCAGGAUUUGGAGAGUAUCUGCAAAGAGGAGAGGUUCAAAAUUCUUCCAGAAAUGUGCACAAACCUGGUGAUCAACGAGAGGAAAUAUUUGUCCUCUGUGCUUGGCAACAAGGGUUUCUCCCCCAAGUACCAAGAAAUGGGGGUCACAUACUUACAUAAUUUAAUUUUACAUUCAUCCAUUUUCCAAGCCACUUAUCCCCACAGGGUCACAGGAGUGCUGGAGUGUAUCUCAGGUAACUUUGGGCCAAAGGCAGCAUACACCUUGAAGUGGUUGCCAAUCAGUCACGGGACACAUAUAGACACCAUCAAUGAGUGGAAACCGAACCCACGCUGCCUGCACCAAAGUCAGGCGAGUUUACCACUACACCAAUUAUUUGAACAGUAUAUUGUUUUAUGUGAUUUUUCUUCAUUUUCUUUUAGAUAAUUGGUUUCUGUUAAAAUACACCGACGAUUAAAAUUAUUAACCAUCCAUGUCUUUGUCAGUAGGUAAAGGUACAAAAUCAGUGAGGGAUCAAUCAUUAUUUGGUCCAUUGUAUAAUGCAUGCAGUGGUACCUUGACAGUACACCAUACAAUUUCCCAUUGAGAUGACUAUUUGUAAUAAAUCCUUCCAGAUCCAAAACGAUUAAAACCUUUUUCAACCAUACUGCCAAUGUUUUUGAAAUAGCAAUUCAGCAUUGUGAAUUGUGAAACAAGUAUAAAAUUACAUUUUAUUACAUAACUCACACAUGAAACACUUGACCAAGUGGUAAACGUGGCAGCUAAAAUGUGAGAAGCUAUUCUCGCAGUCUAUACUUUCCCUCAGUGCGCCUUCUUUGUUCACAAAAAGCUGCUCGAUAGCGGCCGAGAGGCUUUUUAAGCAAAAAUAAGCAAACGGGAAUGAAACUUCAGUCACUAAACAUCACCUAGCAGCUACAUCUACUGGCAGUCAUCUGAGUGACAAUAUAACCCUUGCAAACACUGGUCUCAAGUUUUUGAACAACCUAAACCCUAAACCCUUACUUCCUGCUUAUGCUCGUGUUAUUCUUUUAGAAAAUGUCGCUAAGAAAAAAAAACUGUUCAGUUCUAAGUUGUUUUGCAUGACAUGAUGGUGUCACUUCCGAUGACUUUUGACGUGGCUUUCGGGUGAAAUUUCAGGAUCAACCUUAAAGCUCACUAUAAGCUACCUACCACCUACAACUACUUUCCUCACCUUCUCUAAAAUUUUGAUCUGUUGUUCAAGUUUUCAGUACUUUCUACACAACGUGCUAUUAGCUCAAACAAGAAACUGAAUGCCAAAAUUCACAGCAGGUGUUUGUUCUGCUAGAAUCAAUAGUCUGGUUCAGUUUGAAUUUUCAUCACUUUGUUGACAUCUUUCGAUGACACCUUACAAUUGAUCAAGAAGAAUUGGCCAUGAUGUUAAUGUGUCACCAAAAAGGUUGCAACAGAGAUCCUGGAAGGUAAUACUAGUGGCCGUCAUGUAAUUUUUUUUAUGGCUCACUCCUGUUGUGCAUUUUGACAUUCUGGUUCUUAUCAGAGAAGAGCAAGUUGUACAAGGAGUAUUGAAAGAAAACAAGCUCACCUGUAAAGGUUAUACUGCAUUUUAGGUUCAUCCGGAAAUUUCACCUGAAAUCCGAAUAUCCCCGACUUUUUGUGUGGAUUGUUGUCCAACAUUUGUACUUGUACAACUUUAUGGGUGCUUCAACUUCAAGGUACCACUGUAUAGUCAAAAGAAUACACAAUUUUUAAUUUUAAUUUAAAAUUUAGAGAGUAGAAUUUUGAUGUUAUGGGUGUACCUAAUAAAGUCUGUGGUAUAUUGUGAAUUUUAAAGUAUGUCUAAAACCUGAAAGCUAGCUAAUGUCUCUUCCAUUGCACAAAAAGAAUCAUCUGGUUGUCACAAGCAAAACUUACAGCAGACAUUUUUCCUUCCACUUUAGCCGUAACAUAUCAAACAUUGCAGUGGUGUGGCAAAGAGCAAGUUGGGAACAGUCAAAUAACUGCCAAGUGAUUAUGAUCUGGGCAACUCUGUCCUGUCAGCCCAUCUUGCCUUUUGCAUUUUCAAGUGCGUAAGUCGUGUUUUUCUACAUUUGAUUCCCAUUUCAUCACAGUCAUACCUUGAAAUGAGUGUCUGGGAGAUUACUCCCUUCAUCAAGCUAUCUGACCGCAAACUGUCAUAAGAUGUUCACUGAACACUGCGCGUACUGAAUAGACACUGCAGAAGGUUAAUACAAGUUAGCUCCAGCCCUUUGUUUUGCAGACAUGCUUUGUACUACAGUACAGUGUACAAGCAGAUACAGUACAUUACAUUGGACUGGCUCAGCAACUCAUUUAGCCAUGCACAGUCGUUAGGAUUAUUCAUAUUUUGCAGUGCUUCUGGAAAAGAUUCAGAAGAUCAAAUAGUUGGGAGUUCCUUUUGGCAUUAUCUUUUAAAUAUACCAGUGAUUUCUCUGGAUCCUUUGCUGUCAUCUCUGAUACUAACUUGUUGACCACAAGCUUGAUUAUCACGUUUUAUGGUGUGGAGCUGGGUUUGUGUUACCAAAAUCUAGAAAUAAAUGAAUAAAGAUUAUUUUUGUAUUUUGAAACAGAUGUUUCAUUGUUAUAUUGUGAUCUAAUAAAUCAGAACGCUGGUUCUCAUACUUGUUUCAUGGAUCUCGCCUUGUUUUAUAUUUCUCUGCGUCCAGAGGCAAAAAACAUUUGCUAGUGUCACGUCUUUUGACCGUCAUUUCUGUUUCAACACAAUUAUCUAAAAUCAUGUAAAAUGGCUUCAUUCAACUUCCGAAUGGACGCAGCAAAAGUCAAGGGAGUCCCUUUAAAGCAUGACUGAAAACCAACGAUGAAGAAAUACA